UCAACUUUCGCGUUAAUUCCUUUGUUCACCUUGUUUCUUGUCCACCAGGGCGUUUCCCAAUUCCUAGAGAUGCCCUGUGGACUUGAAAGUAAGGCCAGGAUUUUCGGAGGCGAAGACGCACGACCAGAAUCUGCUUCCUUUCUCGCAGCCAUAUAUAACAAAAAGAGUUUUAUAUGCAGUGGCACGCUGAUAAGCAAACGCUUUGUGUUGACUGCAGCUCAUUGCUUGGAUGUUAAACAGGAUCUAUUUGUCGGAUUGGGAGCAUACAGUAAAAGUAAUCCCCUGGAAAAGUACCCUGUCAGUCAACAGAUACAGCACCCUCAAUACAGAAACGGGUUUGCGCCGUAUGAUAUAGGCCUGCUUAAACUGUCAGCCAGGGUCGUGUAUAAUUUCAACAUUAAACCAAUCUGCAUUUGUACGGAUAAGAGAAUUAAUAGUAAAAUACCAAGCUUGCCAACGUUCGAAGCUUUUGGCUGGGGCCUAAAAGAACAUUUUAAGGAUAGCGAAAUUCUGCAAACUAUCACUCUUAACCAAUUGGAUAAGGAUAUUUGCAAAGAGCUGGUUGCUCAAGAUCUCUUACCGUCUCAGAUCUGUGCUGGAUCCAAAAAGGGCGAUAGCUGUAAGGGAGAUUCUGGCGGUCCGUUGAUCAACAAGAUUAAACUAUACGACAAUAUUUAUACAACCCAGCUCGGUAUCGUAAGCUUUGGGACGGCAGCAUGCAAUUCAGCAGCAGUCUAUACGAAUGUGACUAGCUUUGUAGACUGGAUUCAGGAAACAAUAAAAAGCUCUGAUGAUGAACAACUAAAUGGCCCAGAAGUGCCCUUUCAGUUUCGGGAAGCUCCCUCAGUGCGUUCGCCUGUAAGCAAUUAUAAUACGCAGGAAUUCUUUUACGAUGACUGCGCUCAAGAAACCAUGGGAUCAGUCAUACGGCCUACUAUUUAUGGACCUGGUUUCCAGGCACAAGGCGUGUUGAUCCAUUCGCAAUUUGUCAUCACAGUUGCCACAGACUUGCCAGAAAAUCAUAACUCUCUAGAAGUGACAUUGAUGGGAGAACAGAACUAUGAAGAACACAAAGUUUCCUCGGUUUUCAAGUUGCCAGAGUAUGAUAUAGCCUUGCUAAAGUUAGAUAGAAAACUUGACCGCUAUGACAGUUUAAAACCCAUCUGUAUGCUCGCGAGUGAAGAAUCCCAGGAAAAGGCCCAAAAAGGUCUGCCUUUUGCCAUAUUUGACGAUGGGAAAGCUAAAAAUUUCGCCGUUAGACCUGCGGAUCCCAACCUAUGUGAACAUCAUAUCGGGGCUAAACUCGACCAAAAUCAGUUUUGUGUGGAAAGUCCUCCCGAAAUGAAUAGAGCCCCAAAAACCAGUGGGGAAAUAAUGACAACCAUCAUGAAGAAAAGUCAUAUCAUUUUGUUAGCUAUGGUCAGUUAUUCAUCAGACGGCCUACACGUUUUCACAAAUGUUAUCAAACAUACAAACUGGAUUUGGGAUAUUAUUUACAAAGAUCAACUAAACCGACCAUCCCAGUAAAUGUGUUCAUGGCCGAAAAUUUAUAUUCCCUCACAUUAAAUAAAAUAAUUAAAUUCAA